CAGCCGCUGCGGCAGACGGUGCGUGAGGAGGGAUGUCGCAGCCGCGUGGUCCUCAACCACUUCUGCUACGGCCAGUGCAACUCCUUCUACAUCCCGCGGCCCGUGCGCAGCCAGGAGAACUCCUUCCAGUCCUGCGCCUUCUGCAAGCCCCAGCGCCUGGCCUCUGUCCUCGUGGAGCUCCAGUGCCCCGGGCUGGACCCGCCGUUCCGCCUCAAGAAGAUCCAGAAGGUGAAGCAGUGUCGCUGCAUGUCGGUGAACCUGAGCGAGGCUGACAAGCAAUGA